AUGGCAAGAAUCAAUCCCACGUCCUCCCUCCUCUUCGUCCUCUUCUUGUCCUUCGCCGCCCUAGUCAAAUCCCAUAUCGGAGAUUUCGAUGAGUACUGGCAGAAGCGGGCCGAGGAAGCCCGCCAAGCUGCCCUCGAUGCCUAUCAUCCUGAUCCCGAGGCAGUCACCCAACGCCUCAACUCGCACGUCGACAAGGUAUUGACGGGGACAAACAGUACGAGGAGGAACUUGAAAAAAUACAGCGGCCCAUGCCUGGCAACGAACCCCAUCGACCGCUGCUGGAGGUGCCGCGCCAACUGGGGCACUAACCGGAAGAGGCUCGCCGACUGCGCCUUGGGCUUCGGCCGGAAAACCGUCGGCGGAAAGUACGGCAAGUACUACGUCGUGACAGACGGCUCCGACGACGAUAUGGUGAACCCCAAGCCCGGAACCCUCCGCCACGCUGUCAUCCAGACCCAACCGUUAUGGAUCAUCUUCUCUCGCAGUAUGGUGAUUAGGCUGUCUCAGGAGCUCAUCAUGACCGGCGACAAGACCAUCGACGGCCGCGGCCACGACGUCCACAUCGCCUUCGGUGCCGGCAUCACCAUCCAGUUUGUCAAGAACGUCAUCAUCCACGGCCUCCACGUCCACGACAUCGUGGCCGGCUCCGGCGGCACCAUCAGGGACUCUCUUAAUCACGUCGGCCUGAGAACCCAGAGCGACGGCGACGGUAUCUCCAUGUACGGCUCCACCAACGUCUGGAUCGACCACGUGUCCAUGUCUAACUGCAAGGACGGUCUGAUUGACGCCAUCGAGGGGUCCACCGCCAUCACCAUCUCCAACUGCCACUUCACCAACCACAAUGAGGCUAUGUUGUUUGGAGCAAGUGAUAAGAACGAAAAAGAUGCGGUAAUGCAAAUUACCGUCGCGUUCAACCAUUUCGGAAGGGGACUUGUUCAGAGGAUGCCGAGGUGCCGAUGGGGUUUCUUCCAUGUGGUGAACAAUGACUACACCCACUGGCUCAUGUACGCCAUUGGUGGCAGCCAGCACCCUACCAUCAUCAGCCAGGGCAACCGAUUCAUUGCUCCUCCCAACGAUGCUGCUAAGGAGGUGACAAAGAGGGACUACGCAACCGAGGACGUGUGGAAGAAUUGGACAUGGAGAUCCGAGGGAGAUCUUAUGAUGAACGGGGCAUUCUUCGUUCAAUCGGGAGCGCCGUUGAAGAAGAAGCCCUUUUCGAGGCUCGACAUGAUAAGCGCCAAGAAGGGGACAUUCGUGACUAGGCUCACUCGCUUCUCGGGUGCACUUAACUGCAGGUACAAGCAGGCUUGCUAAGUGCAUUCGUGAGGCACGUUGUUUGUUUUUCAUUUUCAUAGAGAUGCACCAAAUGAAGCUGGCUGGCCUCUG